UUUUGAAUGAAACAUAUUAAAAAAAAAAAAAAAAAAAAAAAAACUUAGAUUUUUUUGGAUGCGUAAAUUGGCACAGUGCGUAAAAAGGCGCAUGGGUUUGGAUGUACUAUUACAAGAACAAAUCGAGCUUUCUAGCGUGGUUUCUUUUCUCAAAACCUGGUUUCAGUUGGCGAUAUUAUGUAUAGAUUUUAAGUCGUAAAAUACACCAGAUACAGGAUACAGUGCCGUUUCCUCAUUCAGCACCGACUGAUGGAUAGUUCUGUGCUUUAGCGCGCGGCGGACACACACCCGGUCCAGCAGAUUAGGAAGAGGACAGUGAAGUUAGCCACUCGGAGCAUCGUCAUCCUCACCCCACGCCCACCCAUAUAAACCCUUACAAUAACAGUAGUCAUUAACUUACUCUGAUAUGCCUUCCAGUUGCGAAGAUGACAUUUUUUGCUCACACAUCCCGGUUUCAAGAUAACGUUUUGACAGUGGACGGAUCCACCUCCGUGUUCUACAGUGAAGUUGGAUUUAUUACUAUCCGAGGACAAAAUGGGACACAACCACCUGUUCUUAGUGAGGACAGCUCUGCUCUUGUUGUUUCUCUUAUGUUUGUCGGUUUUAGGUCUUGAGAAGACCCACUCACAUGCUGAGGAUGAGCUCUUCAAGACACUGUUUGCUGGUUAUAACAAGUGGUCAAGGCCUGUUCCCAACAUCUCUGAUGUGGUUAUUGUCAAGUUCGGGCUGUCUAUUGCGCAGCUCAUUGACGUGGAUGAGAAAAACCAAAUGAUGACAACCAAUGUGUGGCUUAAGCAGGAGUGGAAUGACUACAAACUUCGCUGGAGACCUUCUGACUAUGACAACGUGACAUCCAUAAGAGUACCAUCAGAGCUCAUUUGGGUGCCAGAUAUCGUCCUCUACAACAAUGCGGAUGGUGAGUUCGCUGUCACUCACAUGACAAAGGCUCAUCUGUUCUACACGGGCAAAAUCCGCUGGGUCCCUCCUGCCAUUUACAAGAGCUCCUGCAGCAUCGAUGUCACCUUCUUCCCUUUUGAUCAGCAGAACUGCAAAAUGAAGUUUGGCUCAUGGACGUACGACAAGGCCAAGAUUGACCUUGAGCGAAUCGAAAACACCGUGGACCUUAACAACUACUGGGAGAGCGGUGAAUGGGCGAUAAUCAAUGCUGUGGGAACGUACAACACAAAGAAAUACGACUGCUGCCACGAGAUCUACCCUGAUAUCACAUACUUCUUUAUCAUUCGGAGGCUUCCUUUGUUUUAUACCAUCAACCUCAUCAUUCCAUGUCUGCUGAUCUCCUGCCUCACUGUCUUGGUUUUCUACCUGCCCUCAGACUGUGGUGAGAAGAUCACCCUUUGCAUUUCUGUGCUUCUGUCCCUUACUGUGUUCCUCCUCCUUAUCACUGAGAUCAUACCGUCUACAUCCCUAGUCAUCCCCCUCAUAGGCGAGUACCUCCUUUUCACUAUGAUUUUUGUCACCUUGUCCAUUGUCAUCACUGUCUUCGUGCUUAAUGUGCAUCAUCGCUCUCCAAGUACUCACAAGAUGCCCCGCUGGGUCCACUCUGUGUUCUUGGACCUGAUCCCACGCUGGCUGUUUAUGCGAAGGCCCGCUCCAGAUGGCCGCCGUCGCAGGCUGUUGCUGCUCCAGCAGGAAGCAGCAGCGGAGAGGCGGCAGUGUCGGAUACCUGGAUACAAGUCUGGCAACUGUCUGAGCACCUCAGCUAACUGGUUAAGAGAUGGGACCGCAUCAGAAGACCAGAGAAGCUGCUAUGAGGAUUUGGAGUUGGGAACGCUGACAUCAUACUUCUCCUUCCGUCCUCCAUCGCCCAGGCCUCCAGGGUCAACUCCACCAACAACACAGAAAAACACACAGAGCAGCCAGAGCCGACAGGAUGGGGGUGGAGGGACGAAUAAACAGCUGACAGGGACGGGGAACAGAGUGACUCCCACUCAGCGACCAGCGAAAGUGGACAAUGCAGUAUCAGACUCAUCAUUACAGCUUUCACCGAGUGUCAUACGUGCUUUAGAGGGGGUGCACUACAUUGCAGACCACCUGAGAGCAGAGGAUGCUGACUUCAGUGUAAAGGAAGACUGGAAGUAUGUGGCCAUGGUGAUUGAUCGUAUUUUCCUCUGGAUGUUCAUCAUUGUGUGCCUGCUUGGUACAAUUGGCCUUUUCCUGCCUCCUUGGCUGGCUGGCAUGAUCUAACGCGUAUAUGGAGGUGUCAGAUAGAAAAGGAAAAAAAACACUUGAUUUAUGUUUGACUUUCAAAAUGUAGCUGGACUGAAGACUGUGAAUGUGAAUCAUGUUUGUGUAACUCAGCACAGCCCUGAAUGCUCUUUACACAACGACACAAACACUGUGUCCAUUCUGCUGUAGUUUCAAGAGCAGAGCAAAUUCUGAGAGUUUUUAUAUGUAUAUGACAUCCUUAUAAUUAAUGAGACCAAAAUCCAUGAGGUGUAUUCUCUGAAAUGACAUUUUUAGACACCUACCCCAACUUAAAUCAACAAAUUGGAUUUGCUCAACUUUUUGAUGAGAGAGAGAUUAUAAAGAUGGGAGUGUGUCAGACUUCGUAGCGCGUAUCUGGAAUAAAAUCUGACUGCUCUUUAAAUAGAUGAAGUGCAGAUUUUCAGAGGCGUCUGUCAGAGCUAGACCCAAUAAUGACAUUUUUAAUGCAUACUAAGAAUACUUUCUGAUUAUAUUUUCCAAGUUACACGGAGAACUUCAUCUAAAAAUGUACAAUCCAUGAUCCACAUUUUGGCCUUUUGUUCCUUGUGGCCUAUGUUGUCUGUCUUUUUUGGAUCAAUACUAGCAUGCCGUAUGGGGAAUCUGUUGUGUAGGUUGUACUGGACACACAAGUGUCGUAUGUGCUGGUUUUCGAGGAGUUUUUUUUACACUUCAAUCUUCCAAUGAAUGAAUGACAACAUACUGUGUAAUAAAUGUGGUUUGAAAACACCUGAAAAAGAAAAUUGAGUAUUUGUGACAGUGACAAGAGUCAGCCUUACACUGUGUCAAUCCUGCUUUCACCUCAAAAAAUAGGUUUAUACAACAUUGUAGCAGAAUUUCUCUGAAAUCAUUAUAGAAUACUCUUAUUAGGGGUUUUCUUUGUGGUUUACAUGGCCACAGAGUUUAAAUAAAUCUGUUCUGUUCUAAACAAGAAGUAUAAUUCAAUGACCCAACACAAGAAGUACAGUAGAAUAUGUAAUGUUUUUAUUUUUACUGUGUGAUUUGUGAUACAAAUUAUUUUUUUCUAAUAAUGAUAACAGAUGAAAUACAUGCCAGCAGUACAAAAAAAACAAGAUUUUUUCAAGUUAAGCAGAGAAAUUAAAGAAUAUCUGGCUGUUUUCCAUUGCACUCUUGUUUCCAUCUCAUCAUUUUACCAUAAAUGCAUCAUAGUCACACAGUUCAAUGGCUGAUAAAACUUUUGGGUCUUUUAUGCUCAGAUUGUUCCUUAAAAGGUGAACUGUUUGUUUUUGUUUUAAUUUCCAUUAAAUGUCUUUGUACUUCAAAGCUGUUUUAUGUGAUGUAGGGCAAGGAUUUCAGUUUCUUAACAUGAUCAAGGAAAUGGCUGACCAAGCAUGAAGGACAACGGUUUAUAUCACAGAUGUUUGUCACUUUGACAGUCUAUUACAUGUACUAUAUACACUAAAACAUCCUUUUCAGUAUACAUGAUACUUUGCUAGCAUACAUCGGAUUUUGUUUUUCACUUUUGCAGUGUCCUCUGAGCUGCAGCAUCAUUUAAAAA